UUGUCAGUACUUCAGAAAUCUCAUCCUUCCAAGUUCCAUGGGCCCAAUUGCCAAACUCACUACACUUCUCUCAUCUUCCAUUUUCACCCCACCCUAGACUUCUCUACCCAUGUACAAUCCCAUGUGCUCUGGUUCUAUCAAUUCAUCAGAUCAAAUAUGUGUUUCUUCCCUCUUUUUCAUCUCCUUUUGCUCUGCUCUGCAUCUUCUGUUCUGGGAGCCACUCUGCAACAAGCUGAAGUGCAAGCUCUGAAAGACAUAGGUAAUACACUUGGGAAGAAGAAUUGGGACUUCACUGUGGAUCCAUGUAGUGGGAAGAAAAACUGGAUAUCACCUGCUCAAUUACCAGGAUCAGAAAAUGCAGUCACAUGCAAUUGCUCUUUCAAUAAUAACUCUGUUUGCCAUGUUGUAAGCAUUGUAUUAAAAGCACAAAAUCUUUCGGGUACUCUCCCACCGGAUCUUGUAAGGUUGCCUUAUCUUCAAGAAAUUGAUCUCACCCUCAAUUACCUUAAUGGUACAAUUCCUAAACAGUGGGCCACAUUGAAUCUUGUAAACAUUUCCUUCUAUGGAAACCGUCUAUCGGGUACAGUUCCAGAGGAGUUUGGAAAGAUAACCUCUCUCAAAAGCUUGGUAUUGGAAUUCAACCAAUUAUCUGGGAAUCUUCCUUCAGAGCUUGGGAAUCUUCCCCAGAUUGAAACACUUCUCCUUCGCUCCAACAAUUUCACUGGAGAGUUACCUGCAACAUUUGCUAGGCUCACAACAUUGAAGCAAUUUCGAAUUGCCGACAACCAAUUCUCCGGAGUAAUACCUAGUUUUAUACAAAACUUGAUAAAUCUUGAGAUGCUUGUGAUCCAAGGGAGUGGUUUGAGUGGGCCCAUUCCUUCUGGAAUUUCGCAUCUGAAAAAUCUCACUGUCUUGACAAUUACUGACUUGAAUGGAUCUGAUUCUCCUUUUCCACAACUUGAUAAAAUGUCAAUGCUGUCGAACCUCAUAUUGAGGAGUUGCAAUAUUAUUGGAGCAGUGCCUGAAUAUCUUGGAAAUUUGACUAAUCUGCAUGUCAUAGACCUCAGCCACAACAAAUUAACUGGACAAAUCCCAAUGAGCUUCGAUGGUCUAAAGAUCUAUUUGCUUGUUUUAUCUGGGAAUCAUAUGACUGGAUCACUGCCUGAGUGGAUAUCUAAACCAGACUUUGUAGAUCUCUCAUUUAACAACUUCACUAUCAAAAACUUUGAGCAGCAGACUUGUCAACAAGGAAGCGUGAACUUGUUUGCAUCAUCUGUGAAUGGCAAUAGAUUAGGAAAUAUUUCAUGUUUGGAAAACUAUCACUGUCCUAAAACUUCAUACUCUCUCUAUAUAAAUUGUGGUGGAAAGCUCGUAAGUAUCAAUGGAAAUAAGACAUAUGAUGAUGAUUCAAGUGUGAUGGGACGAGCAAGGUUUCGCCAAACUGGAACAAACUGGGCAAUUAUCACUGCUGGGCACUUCUUCGAUAGUGGUCGCCCUGAUUACUACACAUGGUCCAAUACAACAAAGCUUUCUGUGGACAAUGCUGAAGCUAAACUUUACAUGGAUGCACGUGUUUCUCCAAAUUCUCUGACUUACUAUGGAUUUUGCCUUGGAAAUGGAAACUACACAGUGAAUCUCCAUUUCGCUGAAAUAAUGUUCACUGAUGAUCAGUCAUAUAGCAGUCUUGGAAGGCGGGUAUUUGACAUCUACAUUCAGAGCAAGUUGGUGGCGAAGGAUUUUAAUAUUGCAGAAGAAGCAGGAGGUGUUGGUAAAGCAGUCAUUAAAAAGUUUACUGCUGAUGUGACUAGUAAUGCCUUGGAGAUCCGAUUAUAUUGGGCUGGGAAAGGAACAACUACUAUCCCAUUUGGAUCCGUAUAUGGUCCUCUUAUAUCAGCUAUAUCUGUUGAUCCUGACUUUACACCCCCAUCGGAAAAUAGUAGAAGCAUACCCGUAGGAGCUGUAGUUGCAAUUGUGGCUGCAGGAGCAAUGGUUAUAGCCUUGGUUUUGGGUAUACUCUGGUGGAAGGGAUGUUUAAAACUGAAAAGUUCAAGGUCAAGAGAGCUAAAAGGUUUAAGUUCACAAACUGGUUCAUUUACAUUAAGGCAAAUCAAAACAGCAACAAAUAACUUUGAUGAGUCCUUCAAGAUUGGAGAAGGAGGUUUUGGUCCUGUUUACAAGGGUGUUCUAUCAGAUGGCACAAUAGUGGCAAUAAAGCAGCUUUCUUCUAAAUCAACGCAAGGAAAUCGGGAAUUUAUAAAUGAGAUAGGCUUGAUUUCUGCUUUUCAGCACCCUAAUCUAGUUAAGCUAUACGGCUUCUGUGUUGAAGAGGAUCAACUGUUGCUCAUAUAUGAAUACAUGGAAAACAAUAGCCUUGCACGUGCUUUAUUUGUAAAAAAGGAAGACCAGGAGAAACAUCAAUUGAAAUUGGAUUGGCAAACAAGGAAGAGGAUUUGUGUUGGUAUUGCUAAAGGUUUAGCUUACCUUCAUGGAGAGUCAAGACUUAAGGUCGUUCAUAGGGACAUCAAGGCCACUAAUGUGUUACUGGAUAAAGAUCUCAACCCAAAGAUAUCUGAUUUUGGUUUGGCCAAGCUUAAUGAUGAAGAUAAGACCCAUAUAGACACCAGAAUAGCUGGCACUUAUGGGUACAUGGCUCCUGAGUAUGCAAUGCAUGGUUAUUUGACGGACAAAGCUGAUGUUUAUAGUUUUGGAAUCGUUGCAUUGGAAAUUGUUAGCGGAACCACAAACACCGUUAGCCAUCCUCAGGAAGAAUGCUUCUCUCUUCUAGAUUGGGUGCAUCUCUUGAAACAAAAAGGUAAUCUAAUGGAUCUUGUUGAUUGGAGGUUGGAUGGAGACUUCAACAAAGAGGAGGUAAUGGUGAUGAUCAAUGUGGCUCUUCUAUGCGCCAGUUUCUCUCCAACGCUCAGGCCCUCUAUGUCUACAGUUGUAAGCAUGCUUGAAGGAAGAACCAUUGUUCAAGAGGUGGUGCCCGACACAAGUGGGGUAUCAGAUGAUAAAAAAUUUGAGGCGAUGCGACAGUACUACCAACAAAGAGGACCAAAUAACAAAACUGAGACUUCGAGCCAGAGUAUCCCAACAGAUGAAUCUUGUGCAUUUAUGCCUGAUACUGAUUCUUCUUAUUGGGAAGCCAGAAAUUAGGGAACCUGUAAAACUAGUGUGAAUAUUCUUCUUUUUUGUGAGGGAAAGUGGGUUUAAAGAGGUUCUACCACCAGGGUGCAGAGGAGAAAGGUCACCUUUUGGAAAAUAGAACUUCUGAGUUAUGACCACAAAUUACAUGCAACUCUGCAGAACAAUUGUGUACAAAUAAGUUGUAAUUUUGUUAUUAAGUUAUUUGUGGCAGCUUUUAAGCUCCAUUAAUUCAUGCAGUAGCGGAUUAAAAGUCAUGACAGCUCAAUUAAGAUCAAUCGAGCAAAGUCUUGCCAUAACUUGAUCAGUGAAGGAUCUAUCUCCAGAUUA